UCAUAUCAGGCCAACACUCACCUUGCCGCUUGCUUUUAUCCAUGAUUGAUAACUGCAGCCCCCGCGUCUCACCUGUCUUUUAUUCCUCUACCAUAUCACUCCACUAUGGCAAUCUUGAACGGCCAUCCCUAUGCGACUGCUGCCGCCGUCUUGAUCACCCUUUAUCUUGCCAGGUUCUUCCUUAGAGUGGCUAAAGUUCGGAGACAAUUCGCAAAGCUGCCUGGACCCCCCCAUUCACCCAUCUUCGGACAUCUCAUCUCCAUCGGAAAAUGUGUUUCGAAGCUGCCAAACCGGGUCCAUCCUCACGUAUUCCCGCAUUACCUGACCAAGGAUUACGAUCUGCCACCUGUUUUCUUCAUGGACGCGUAUCCAAUCAGAGACCCUAUGAUGGUUAUCAUAGAUCCCGAUGUUGCUGAAGAAGUGGCCGCGAAAAGCGGUCUCCUCAAGGCUCCAAAUAUCAAAUACUUCCUUAAGCCCCUUGCGGGACCCGAAAACCUAGUCACUAUGGACGGUCAUCUCUGGAAAAAGUGGAGAACGGUGUUUAAUCCAGGAUUUGCCAUCGGACAUCUCAUGAACCAGGUUCCCAUUAUUGUCGAUUGUACGGUGGAAUUUGCCCGCAUCCUGGACAUGCAUGCAACUGAAAACAAGGUCUUUCGAUUAGAAGAGGAGGCAACCAAGAUCACCAUAGAUGUCAUUGGAAAAGUUGUCUGUGACCAUGACUUCAACGCACUAACCACCAAUAAUGAGUUUGUGGAGCUAAUGCGAAAGACACUGACCUGGAUGCCAGAUUCGCAAUCUCUCGAUCCUUUCCACCACUAUCACCCUCUGAGGCCAUUUUUCUGGUGGUAUUACAAAAAACAAAUGGACAGCUACCUAGGCAAGGUCCUGGAUGAAAAAUUUUCCACACGCAAUGAACACCAGGCACGAAAAUCCAGAAAGAAAUCAGGCAUCGACCUCGCGAUAGAGGAGUAUUUCAAGGAGAGCGGGAAAGAUGUUGACUCGAGAGCCGCUACUAUGGAUGCUGAAUUCCGCCGCUACGCGAUCGACAACCUUGAGGUUCUUCUAUUUGCAGGCCAUGACACUACAGCAUCGACGAUCUGUUACUGCUAUCACAUCCUCAGCAAGCACCCGGAUAAGCUUGCAACACUUCGCCAGGAGCUAGAUGAGGUCUUUGGGACAGGGCAAAAUGCUGCUGAGAAACUGAGACAAGAUCCAUAUAUUAUUAACAAGUGCGAAUAUACCCUCGCCAUUAUAAAAGAGAUACUUCGGAUGUGGACUCCAGCUUCAACUGUUCGCAUUGGCAGGAAAGACUACUUCGUCAAGGACCCAGUGACUGGGAACAUGCUUCCUACGGAGGGUAUGCUCGUAUGGCUUUCAGCAAUCAGUAUCCACCGCGAUGAGCGCAACUGGGGCAAGGAUGUCCAAGAAUUCCGGCCAGAGCGCUUUCUCCCCGAGAAUGCCGACAAGAUCAAGCCCAAUGCUUACAGGCCGUUUGAGAAAGGCCCGCGCAAUUGUAUUGGACAGGAACUUGCGCUACUCGAAAUGAAGAUCAUAUUAGCCCUGACCGCAAGAGAGUUCGAUGUGAGAACUGCCUAUAACGAGCUUGAGUCUCUCAGCAAGGAUGGAACUCUCUGGGCGGCUGAAAAGAGCCAAAAGCAAGGAGUUCAGGAAUGCUUUGGCGAUGAGGCGUAUCAGAUUUUAUUGGCAGCGGCGAAACCGAGGGAGGGUAUGCCGGCAAGAGUUACGAGGAGGUAGCAAAAUAAAUAAUUUCAUACGUAGAAACAAGGUUUGG